AUGGAGCUAUUCCAAGCCAAAGACGAGUACAUUCUUCAAAGUGGGGACCGUGCUCUGUGGUGCAGCCGAAAAGACGGGACCAUUACAGUCAGACCUGCAACAGACCUGUUAUUAGCUUGGAAUCCAGUGUGUUUGGGUUUGGUAGAAGGUGUCAUUGGAAAGAUACAGCUUCACACAGAUCUUCCUCUCGGCCUCGUAUUAAUCCGUCAGAAAGCACUGGUGGGCCAUUUACCAGGCAAUCACAAAGUCUACAAGAUCACCAAGAUAGCUGUCAUUCCUCUUUCUGAAGAAGAGCCUCAGGAGCUUGAGCUGGAGCUUUGCAAGAAGCAUCACUUUGGAAUCGACAAACCAGAAAAACUGGCCCAGUCUCCCGAUGAGUCAAAGUUCUUGAUGAAAACAUUUAGUCAGAUCAAAUCUAACGUUGCUGUGCCCAUCAAGAAAAAGUAUUCCCCUGCCUUCCAGGUCAAGGAAAACAAAGAGAAGGAACGUCUGGAGAGGCGGCUGCUGGAUGAACUGUACAAGAUAUUCAUGGACUCGGACUCCUUCUACUACAGCAUGACCUAUGACCUGACAAACAGUGUCCAGCGUCAGGGAGACUCGGAGAAGUCCAGCUUACCGUUAUGGAAACAGGUGGAUGACCGUUUCUUCUGGAAUAAACACAUGAUCCAAGACCUUAUUGACCUUCAGGUGCCAGAUGUCGACUUCUGGGUGAUACCAAUCAUCCAGGGCUUUGUACAGGUGGAGGAACUGGUGGUGAACUACAAUGAUAUGUCCGAUGAGGAGAGGAGCAGCCCUGAGACCCCACCACAGGAGGUCACCUGUGUUGAUGACAUCCAUCCCCGCUUCACUGUGGCCCUGAUCUCCAGACGCAGCCGCCACCGCGCAGGGAUGCGGUACAAACGAAGAGGAGUGGAUACCGAUGGGUGUGUGGCUAACUAUGUGGAGACAGAGCAGUUGAUCCAUGUGCACAGCCACACUCUGUCCUUUGUGCAGACUCGUGGCUCCGUGCCUGUCUUCUGGAGCCAGGCGGGGUACCGCUACAACCCUCGGCCACGCUUAGAGAAAGGAGAAAAGGAGACAAUGUCUUACUUUUCUGAGCACUUUGAAGAACAGCUUAAACUCUACAAGAAGCAGGUCAUCAUUAACUUAGUGGAUCAAAGUGGACGAGAGAAGAUAAUUGGUGACGCAUUUUUGAAGCAAGUCCUGCUUUACAACAACCCAAACCUCACAUACGUUUCAUUUGACUUCCAUGAGCACUGCCGAGGUAUGAAGUUUGAGAAUGUUCAAAUACUGACUGAUGCAAUCUCUGAUAUCAUCACUGACAUGAAGUGGGCCUGGGUGGAUCAGGCCGGAGUUAUCUGCAAGCAGGAGGGUAUCUUCAGAGUCAACUGUAUGGACUGUCUUGACAGGACCAACGUAGUCCAGGCUGCUAUCGCUCGGGUGGUGAUGGAACACCAGCUGAAGAAACUGGGUGUGAUGCCUCCAGAGCAGCCCCUGCCUCUCAAAUGCUACAGGAUUUAUCAGAUCAUGUGGGCCAAUAAUGGAGACACCAUCAGCAGACAGUACGCAGGGACAGCAGCACUCAAGGGAGAUUUCACCAGGACGGGGGAGAGGAGACUGGCUGGGGUGAUGAAGGAUGGUGUGAACUCAGCCAACCGCUACUAUCUGAACCGCUUUAGGGAUGCCUACAGACAAGCAGUCAUUGACCUAAUGAUGGGCCUGCCAGUGACGGAGGACCUGUACUCUAUCUUCAGUAAAGAAAAGGAGCAUGAAGAGAAGGAGAAAGAGAGCCAAAGGGGAGCGCAGGAGCAGGUCAGCCUCCUGCUGCAGACCUAUAUGCAGCUUUUACUGCCUGAUGACGAGAAGUUUCAUGGAGGUUGGGCUCUCAUCAAUUGUGACAUGAGCCUCAUUGAUGCAACCAACAAAGACGUGGAUGUGCUGCUGCUCCUGUCUAACAAUGCCUAUUACAUUGCUUACUAUGAUGAAGAAGCAGAUAAAGUCAACCAAUACCAGCGUCUGAAUUUGGAGGGUUUGGAAAAGAUUGAAAUUGGUCCAGAGCCUACUCUGUUUGGGAAGCCAAAGUUCUGCUGCAUGCGUUUGCAUUACAGGAAUGAAGAGACAAGUGGAUACUUUCACACGCUGAGAGCAGCAACACGAAAUCCUGAGGAUGAUGGAAAAGACACAUUACAGUGCAUAGCUGAGAUGCUUCGCAUAACUAAACAGGCCAUGGGGCUGGAUCUGCUUGUGGUUGAAAAGAAGCUGGAGCGGCGGCAGAGCAAACCUCAUGAGGAUAUAAUGGGCAUCCAGAACAAACCUGCUGACCACGUCCAGGGUAGUUCUGGUCUGGCGCAGGGCAAAAGCUUCCUCCUCAACAAAUUCUCCUCCCUCAAUCAGAAAGUGAAACAGACCAAGACUAACGUAAACAUUGGCCCAUUCAAGCCCCUCGGUAGGCUGAGCAACUUCUCUAAACCUGAUGUAAAAGAUUUCCUAAAGCCAACUAUGCAUGUCAACCUGUGGAAGUCGGACAGCAGCUUGGAGACAUCAGAUAAUAACCCUGGUACAGGAGCUGUAAAAGAUAUUGGUGACGAGCACUCUGAAAUAUCAGACUCUGACUCCUAUAAUUCUGACCCAGAGCACCCGUGUUCUGGUUCUUUAGAAAAUGUGGACUAUGUGCUGCCCAGCUGUGGCAUAGUAGCAUCAAACCCACGACUGGGCAGCCGCUCCCAAUCUAUCGGUAGCGUGGAGCUAAAUAUCCCUUCUGUUAUUCGGGUCACUGGCUGUGACGGAAAGCAGGAAAGCUCCUCUCAAGUCAGUGAUGACAAGUCCCCAGGGGCCGCCUCGGUGGCUGAAGAAGCCAUUCUGAUUGACUUUGGUACUCCCAUUGAUGCCUACUGCCACCAGUUUGUCCAGGAUGCACAAACCAAACCUGUGGAGGUGUUUGGAGAGCAGCCACCAGCUGCUGUCCCCCAACUCAACCCUGCGGUGCCUGCGCAGAAGAAGAUCCUAGCAGACCCAGACAAGCAGCCGAGCUCCGAACCGCAGCAUCAGAAGGGAGAGCCCCAGCUCCCUAGGCCUUCACAGCUAGACGUCGAGUCCACUACCUCCUGUUCCAACCUCCUCACCGUCCAGAAGCCCAGCUCUGCUGCCUCAGGUGGCUCUCAGAGGAGUCUGAGUUCACUGAUGGAGGGCAGCCUCGGCCCUUCGCCUGCCGACAGCAACGGCAGCCGAGUGGUGUCCCCCUUUGCCAAGAUCAAGAGCUCCAUGGUCCAGGUAGCCAGCCUCACCCAGGCGGGACUCACCCACGGCAUCAACUUCGCUGUGGCAAAGGUACAAAAGAGCCCAGAGCCAGAUACUGUCAACGAAGCCCAAGAGAGCGAGCUGAAGGCAAUGUUUACACAGUGCCAGACCAGGAUCAUUCAGAUCUAGUGCUUUCCUUUGUAACAGGAUUUUGUAGUCAGAUGUCAUGUAGAAACUUCCUGUAUGGUAGCAGUAGCAAAAGCUUGCACAUAGCGGCACUACUCGGCCAAGAAAUGCACUCCUAAAUUUGCCCUUUAGCUAAACUUGCCCUUGUUAAUCAUGACUCUUGUAAAGAACCUAUAAAUAUAUACUGAGGCCCAACAUGACAGUGACCAUGUUUACAUGCACACAAUAACGGAUUCCCUUACCCUUUUUGCUAUGAGGGAGGUUUAGCUCGUGUCCCUUUUGCCAUGCAACAUUGCACACUGAUAUUGACAUUGUCAGGUGCUCUUUCUUUUAAGUUUAAAUAAUCAAUUGUCCACAAUAUAUUCUGUUCUUAUGGAAAUUGUAAUAAUGCCGAUGCUAUGACAUUUCUGAUGUAAAUCUCAGAAUACCAGAGCUUAGUACCGAGGUUUGAGUAUGAAAAUGGCACAUGAUAAAUGCUUAAUUAUUUGGGGAAUCUGAUUUAACUCCCAUGUGUCAGUGAAAAUAUAUGGUGUGUAUAUAUAUAUAUAAUGUAUACAGCAGAACAUUUGAUUGAAAUAUGGUACAUACAAAUCCUAAAUCACUCUAAAAAAUACUGCUACCGUUGAAGGAAAUAGUUCUGUAAGUCCAGUUUUCUUGUGAAAUUUCUAGGAUAUUCUCAUUGUGAUUACCUUAAGAGACAAAUAACUAAGACAUAAAAAGAUAAGACUUUUUAAACUCCUGUACUUCCAGAGUGGUAUGCAGAGCAUUUUUGUGCAUGUAAACAUGUGACUAUCCUUAGUCUGAAAAUGGAUUUUACCCACAGUGCUUGCAUGUGAGGUUAAUGGCGACUGAUUUUUGACAAGGCAGGUCAACAUUAGCUGCAUGUUGAAAGACCAACUCUGAUGUUAUCAUGUACUGUAAUGUCAUCAUGUACAGUACGUGCAGGUCACUUAUUGGCGUUUGUGAAAUAGACCUCGUAAUAACUUUCAAUUUGUAUGUUGUUGUAGAAUCCGACCAAAUAUUUUGGGGUUCCCAAAGGACAAUUCUGUGUUAACUAUUACCAUUUUUAUAGCUGUCAGAUACUAGCCAGACGACUUUCUGUACGUAGUUAUCCUAUUUAAUAUCAGUGUUGUCAAGUGUAACUUAGAAGAUAUAGCGUAUAGAAAUAAUGACUACACAAGACCUUUAGUAAGAGUAUCCUGGUUGUCGAUAUGUACAGUGAAUAUUGUAUGUUUAUCUGUUCGCUGAGUAGAGCCUUCCCUUAAGCUUUUUGUAUUGAUGGUAGGGUGGCAGCUUAAUAUGUUCAAAGAGGUAUGAACAUUAUAUUUUGAAAGGAAUGCCCAGUACUGUCAUUGUUAACCACGAAUAACCAGAAAACUACUGGUUGGAGUUGUAUUUGAUAGAUAUAUGUAUUGAAUUGAACUAUUGCUAAAGGUUGUACUAAUUACCUAAUAAGGGUUUGUUUGAACUGAGUCCUCGGCCAGCGUUGUACAUUGACGUUGCAUGUUUGACAAAGACAGGAGAGUAGCAUAUAGUAGAUAUAUAUGCAAUUGCACCCACCUAAUAAUUAGAAACACUGACGCUUUAUGCACUCCCCAAACUGAAAGCAUAUUUGCCUUAACAAGGAAUUGAAGUGGGAUUAUGUUUAUCAGGUAUUUAUGGCAAAAUCUACCUUUUUAAGUCCAUUCUAACAUGUUACAUUUGGUGUACUGUAUAAACAAUCAUGUUCAGGGUUACUGUAUGUCAUGAAGCUUUAUCUUGGGAUAUUUCAUCUACUGGCACGUACACUGUCCGUGGAAAUGAGCAGGGUUUUACAUAUGUACACAGUGUGUAUGUACUGUACAGUAUGUGUGAGUUUGUGUGUUACAGCAUCUAUGCUGCUGGUGGUAUUUAGGAGUGCUCACCUUAGAGCCCUAGUUAUUUGUGUGCUAUGAAGCCGUAAACAUUAUGUUGUACAUGUUUUUUUUGUUAACCUCAGUAAGUGAGGUUUUGCCUCAUUAGUCAUCUGUUAAACUUUACAGUUGUUGCCAUCCAGGGUAAAUCUGUCACAUGACCCUGUUACAGUCCUCCAGAAGAAAUAAUGAAUGAUUGCUGUCUAUUUAUGAAAAAUAAUAAUCUGGUUGGCUUCGAGCUGAAAUACCCCAAGAUAAACGGUCACACAUUUCAUAUUUUGUGUUACAUUUUCCUGUUUUCUGCAUUCAGCUUGCUCACCAGCAGAUGUGGGACACUUGUAUAUUUUAUUUGACUAAUUGUUAAGUGAGACUGUAGCAUUGGCUGCUUUGUCGGUGCUACAUUAUAUAGAACCUGCUGAUCGUGUGUGGUGCUGCCAAAGCUUUAAGGUAAUAGCUGUAAUGCAAAGGUUUAAAGCAGAGGGUAAAGUGUGUUGUUUGUUGUUUUUUUUUAAACUUCCUUCAGGAUUGCAAACACUGGAGCAGUACUCAAGCAGAGCAGAAACGUAUUCUGUCCUACACUGGCUGUUAGGCUAAAAGGAACAGUAAUCCUCAACAUUCCCGAUAGAGACCACAAUGUUUUGGGGUCUGAAUUUUUUUUUUUUUAAAUGCAAAAGCUGGCAACUGUAUUUGAUCGUAUAUUUGCUGGGUGAGAAUUUUCUCCUUUCCUUUGUUUUACAGCAAGUGCUUUUGCAACCACCUUUUCAUGCAUUUUCUGUGGAUGUCCUCCCCUCCCAUUAGGACCCCAGACCAUGACAAGAGGUCUUAAAGCAUUUGAUUUGCACUGUUUAAGCACAUUUUCUAGCAUUUGCACCAUCCAUCUGAAUGUCAGCAGUCAUGUCUUUCCUCUUUACCAACUGACUGUUGUCAUUGUUUUCCACAGUGUACUGAGAUUGUAUAUUAAAGUAUCCUAUUUAUUCUUAU